UGCGAACUUUUGAGGUAAAAACUUUACAUAUGAAAUUACAAAUCAAAUUAAACUGUUGUGCAUCCGUGAUGAUGAUAUAACAUACCAGUAUAUACAUACUGCUCUAUCCAGUCAGACACUUAAAGAUUUAAAGUUAAACCCGUUUCAAAGAAACUGUUGCAUUCGAAGACAUGAGGCUUCUACUGUUGACAGCUUUGGUGCUUUCUAUCGUUGCAUUGACCAUUCCAGGGAGAGAUGCAGCUCAACCUUUAUGUCAAAUUGGUUGGAAGAAGCAUGGCAACAACUGUUAUUACUUCAGCAUUUCCAGAACAUCUUGGGGAGAUGCCAAGAGGAAAUGCAAAUUGCUGAAAGGUCAGCUUGCAGAAGCGACAACAAGAAAUGUGAUAACGUUUCUAAAGACAAAUGCGAAAAGAAAUAAGCAAACUUUUUGGCUUGGUGGUACAGAUCUGGUUCAAGAAGGUGAAUGGAUAUGGAUAACUAGUGGAGAGAGGUUUGCUGAGACUGAUUGGCAUACACGUACUAUACGUGAACCAAAUAAUCAGGAUGAAAUAGAGCAUUGUCUGACCAUAUCUGAUGGAUUAAACUAUGAAUGGAAUGAUGAUAACUGUUAUGAUAGUUAUUCUUACAUAUGCGAAAAAUCAUUGAGGACCGUCAUGUGAGUUCUAUAGAAAAACCAAGAACAGACAACGAGUUUGAUUUAUUAUUACACUUAUGCAUAUUACUGUAAAUAUAAAACAGGAAGUUAAAUUGUUA